CUUUCGUCUCCAUCACACCUUUUUCUCCCCUCUUUAUUCUGCCUUCUCCCAUCUCCUCCCAUUUAUCCUCUGGCACGCACUCAUCUAUUUGACCUCCUUCACAGUUCAUCUCCGCCGGUGGAUUACGAAGGUUUGGGCGGUGAAUUUCUCCCCAGAACUCCGGCUAUCAGCGGACAACGUAAUAAUCAUAGCUUCCCUCACAGCAGUCCAAGCGGAGGGCUCGCCGGAGGGCGGCGGCGGCGCUGGAAAAUACGAAAGUGGCAAUUCAAAUGAAGACUCUCUUGAGAGCAGCUGCACAUUGGUGACGUCAGCGGCGGCGGCGGAAGAGCCGGCGGCGGGAGAGACGGCGGCAGUGCCGGCGGAGGAAGAGACGGCGGCGGCAGUGUUGGCGGCGGUGGCACAAGAGAUGGUGGCUGGCAACACCAAAUCUGGUGUGGUAGUAUUGUAGACCAGAUCUGUGUAAAAUUCUAUUUUUGUAUUUUGUUUUUUGCUCCGUAUUAAUUCAUCUUUCAUUACAAAAACUUCAGCUUCUUUUCAUUAAGGGUAUUAUGG